CGUAUCCAGUUCGAUGAUAGUCUGAUAGAGUAAGGAAGGGAGCGGUUACCAAGAUGCUUCGGAAAAAAUUGGCUGGGACUAAUCUGUCUCUACCGAUCCGACAGUUUAUAUGUUGACGUCUCCGUGUUGUUUGGACAAAAAAUCCAAACGUGGGGGACUUGUUGCACAAUCAUCGUCGAGGUGUGGCGGUCGAUGCGUCCAUGUGUUGUUGCAUGGACCUGCACCUUCUAAGGAGGGAAGGUCAUGUAUGUUGCCGGAUUAGUGAGUUGGAUGAGGUUCCUCCCAUCAUGCUGAACGCCAAGAACGUGCCGCUGAAGAGGGCGGGUGGUCGGCGAACAAUGCUACGAAGCGAGCUAUUGAAAGCCUGCGAAGAGUUCGAACCUUUCUCGAAGCUAGGAGUCCAAUUGACCAUCGAGGACUCUGACUUGGAGGAGAUUUGGGAUUGGGAAGGUCACGCUGAGACCGGGGGAAGUUGGGAAGAAGUCAUAGUACGCGUGACGAACGAGCUGAAGAAUUUGGUGAGGGCACCUCUGGAUCAUAACCUAGGGGAUACCGUGAUCAUGUGCCCGGUGAUGUACACGACAGCGAUGUAUGAGACGUUUGUGAAGAACGAAGGGUACGUAGUGGUGGAGAUGAAGGAGGAAGAGUUUUUGACAGAAGUACGCAGGCACUACGAACAGCAAGGACUGACGACGAUGGGGAAGUGGAACAAGGAUGGCAAGCUGGGAAGGGCAUAUGUGUUACCGAAGCAUAAAGAUGUGCAACGAUUUCGUCCCAUAUGCCCCACCUAUGAUGAGCCGUUCGUCUCAACGUGCAAAUUGGUGGCAAGUGCGCUGAAUGGGCUCAUUGACGCCCUGCCAGCUAACAACCACUUCAACCUGAAGUUGGUAUCGCAGUUGAAGGAGAGAGUCCGGGUAGUUAACAGAAGAUUGAAUAUGGUAAAAUCGAGAGCCGGUAUUGAGACCAGGUCCUUUGACAUAAAGGACAUGUUCAGCACGCUCCCGCAUGGAGCGAUUUUGUCUUCAGUACGGUGGUUGUUGGAGUGGCACGGAAAUAGAGGACGAAAGUCAGUGUCGAUAAAGACGAGGGGUAAGGGAGUGUGGGUUGGGAAGAGCGAGAAGGGGAGCAACGGUAAGACAUUUACCUUUGCGCAGUUGAUGUGUUUCGUGGAGUUUGACUUGCAGCACUGUUACACGCAGGCUGCAGGAACAUUGCUAAAACAAGAGGUUGGAAACUUGGAAUCCCCAUGGGGAAAAGCACCAACCCUCCGCUGACGAAUCUAUUGUGUAUUAAGGCUGAGUGGGACUUUUUAGAAUCUUUGGGGAAUGAUCGCAGACUGGUGGGAGGGAUCAGACUGGUGGAUGAUGUUUCGUUGUUUGUGAUUCGGGGACAACAAAGGACCUCACCAAGGACCAGGGGACAACAAAGAGAAUACUUUGUA